GAAGGAUGCUACAAGAGAAUUUGUACCUCGAAAAAAAGGUUUUGCCAUAGGUCGUCUAACAUAUGUGCCUCCAGGAUCCGGGGAAUCUUAUUAUUUGCGCUGCAUCCUUAAUUUGAAACGUGGGCCUACAAGCUACAAUGAUCUAAGAACUGUAGAUGGCAUUUGUCAUGAUACGUAUCGUGAGGCAUGUUACGCUUUAGGAUUACUGGACGAUGACAAAGAGUAUGUUGAAGGAUUUACUGAAGGUAGCUUUUGGGCUUCUGCAUGGGGUCUUAGGAAGGUAUUUGUCAUUUUAUUGGCAGCAGAUACGAUGAGCAGGCCAGAAUACGUUUGGGACAAAUGUUGGACAUUUAUGUCAGAUGACAUUCUACACAGACAAAGAAGAGUUUUGAUGCAUCCAGAUCUAACGUUGACUGAAGCUGAGAUUAAGAACUAUGCAUUGAGCGAAAUAGAGAUGAUGUUGAGGAGAUUUGGUAGGAGCUUAAAAGACUAUCCAUCAAUGCCAUUCCCUACCAUCAGUGACUUUGCCAUGUAUCAGAACAGGCUUAUAUUUGAC